CGGGCAAAGCAUUCACCUAUCCACCUUCGUAAGACCGAGUCGUUGCGGUACGUUGUCAGAUUUAAACGGGUUAUCCGGUUUGUUUUAGUUUAUAGCUGUUUAGCUUCUUGCACAUUUUAACCGUUUACUAACAUCAAUAUGGAAAACUCUGAGUUUGUGAAUCUACCGAGCAGACGAGUCAAACCUGGACAACAGUUUCCAGCCGAGGCAAAUGGCGAAGUGUUUCAUACAACAGUCAAAAUGUUCAGCAUGGAAAAUGUGAGCGAACAUUUACUCUAUCGCAAAAAGAAAAUUGCGCGCGAGUUUGGUGAGGAGGGAGACGAUGAAGAUGACGACAGGAAUGCCUUCCGUAAUCAGCUGGCCAUAUUAGAAAGCGAACCAGAAGUCAUUACCGAACGGAACAGCCAAGAAAUGGAGCGCUGGCUGCGGAAACUUCACAUUGAGACGCAUCGCGCAAUCAGGGAAGCGACGCCGGCCACGACGAACCGAAUAGACGCCAUUAGUCACGUCUCAAAAACUGCCUCCAGAUUAAAGGGGAAUGCUUGUUCAAACACCAGCGGUAAAGUUCAUUCACAAUCGCAAUUACACCGAUCGACAGCCACAGCUGGAACAACAACAACUCAAAUCACCGAAAACACUGCGGAGGACAAUCACAUAGUUGCUACUCGUUCGAAACGGGCAACAAAACAAACGACAGAGCCCCGAGGACGAACAAAGCACAACAAGACGUCCCGCAAUUCUGGCGAACAAUCCAUCAGCGAGAAACCUACCACCAGCGAAACUGGUCCAGCCAUUCGUCUGAGCUAGGUUUCAAUUUAUUACGGCAUAUACUUAGAAAGUAAAGUAAAAUAAAAAUAAGUAGCCACCUGAUGGGUUCCAUACAUGGUUCCAUAUAACAGUCUUGUAAAAUAAAGAACUUCUCGUAAUGGCCUCUACACAGCACAUUAUGUACAGUAUAUUGUUACACAUCAUCAGUGCAAAUUUCUAUUUCACGUUGUAAAAACACAAGUUUUAGCAGAGUCAUAAAUAAACAGUUUGCACUUAA